AUGUUUGCUUUUGUGGACCCUGUAGCACGGCAAGCCUUGGCUGAACAGAUCAUCUACUGUGUUGCUGCUGCCUGCUAUCCCUCUGCCACAGACCCCUGUACUCGGAGCUGCCCUGCAAGAAGAUCUGGCAGAGCUGCAGAUAAGUUGGCACAAAUCACUUCAUCUAGGAAGAAUGUGCUCCUUCACAGUGGUCCUGUCGUUAUUGAGGCUGAACAGGUGCAAACAUCCAGAAUGGAGCAGGAAGCUCCUACUGGAUACCUGGUACUGGGAACUGCAGCUGCCAUCUUGAUGGUGGUUCUGAUUUUGGCUGUAGUUGCUGUGAGGAGGAUGAACAGUCAAAACGUGAAUCUGAAACUUUAAAAAUCACCCCAGUAACUUCCACUAUUCAU